CACAAGAGUUACAUGAUAAAGAAGAAGCUGGCGAAGAAGAUGAGGCAGAAUAGGCCCAUCCCUCACUGGAUCCGCAUGAGGACCGAUAACACUAUCAGGUACAAUGCGAAGCUCAGGCAUUGGCGCCGCACUAAGCUAGGGUUUUGA